AUGGAGGAAAAUGAAGAAACUGAUGAUGAGACAAAACGAGAUGAAAGGGAGAAAGAAAGAACAUUACAGAAGAAGAUUAACGAAUUACAAACACAGCUACAACGAUUAGAAAGACGAUUAUCUACUAUAAGAACAGAAAAUGAAACACUUAAGCAGAAACACGAUGAACAAAAACCACUGGAAGAAAAGAUUAAAGCAUUAAAGAAAAGAAAUGCAGAAUUAGCAUCCAUUGCUAGACGGUUGGAAGAGAAGGCAAAGAGUUUACAGCAGGAAAAUAUUAAGAAAUCGAAAGAAGAUAGUAGUAAAGAUGGAGAACACGUUAAGAAAAUGUUUGCUCGACAACGAGCGAAGGAUUUGGCUGAACAUGCUAAAUCUAUGUUGGCUAAAGACAGAGAAUUGGAAAAUUUACGGAGAAAAUGUCAUGAACUGGCUGACCAAAUUAGUAAUGGUGAAUAUGGUACUCCUCAAAAUGUGGAAGUUUAUGAAGAAAAAGAGGAGUUGGUUAAUAUUAUCAAACAGGCAGCAAAAGAAAGAUUACAGAUGGAAAAACAAAUGGUUAAAUUACGUCCAGGAGCUCAGCAAAUUGCUUGGUGA